AUGGAAAAUCUAGGUGAAGCACUUUAUAAAUCCGUUACGGAUAUCAAUUAUGGAUUGGCAAAAUGGAUAGAGCCUUACAUUUAUCAUAUAUUAGCAGUUUAUGUUAGUUUACCCAUUCUAGCAUACUUCUUAUUACCAUUCAUUUUUAGUGAUGGCAGUCAUUAUGGUACUAAAUCUGUUACUAUCUUUGUUUUAGGUGAUAUAGGACAUUCUCCAAGAAUGUGUAACCAUGCAAAGUCAUUUGCUAACCUUGAAUACAAUGUCAAUCUUUGUGGAUAUAAUGAAUCAACCAUUCCUGACGAAUUAAUGGAUAGUGAAAGAAUCGAUAUUUAUGCCAUCAAAGUAUUUAAAAGAAGAAGAUUCCCUUAUAUUGUUUAUGUUAUCCUCAAAGCUACCUUCCAAUGUUUCGAAAUCUUCAAGCUUUUGUCUUCUUUCAGAGGUACUGAUUAUAUAAUGAUUCAAAAUCCUCCAUCAUUGCCAGUUCUUGCAAUUUCAGUAUUUUUCAUCAAAGUUUUCAGCAGAAAGACCAAAUUAAUCAUUGAUUGGCACAAUAUGAACUACAGUAUCCUUAAUAUGAAGUAUAAUGAUGAAACACAUGUGUUAGUAAGGUUUUUGAAGGGUUAUGAGAAGAUCUUCAGUAGAUUCGCUGAUAUAAACUUGACUGUCACAGAGAAGAUGAAACUGUUUUUGAUUGAAAAAUUUGAAAUUGAUAAGUCAAAAGUUUUAGUAUUUUAUGAUAGGCCAGGAGAUAAUUUUGCUCCUUUGGAUAAAAUAGAAUUCACUAAAGAUGAGAUUCUUCUGCAUGAAGCUUUUAAUGGCACUGAUGCUAGUAACCGUAAGAUUGUUAUUACAUCUACAUCUUUCACUCCUGAUGAAGAUUUCAAUAUCUUACUUGAUGGUUUGAAGGCCUAUGAACAAGAUUCAACAACUGAACCUGUCUUAGUGUUAGUUACAGGUAAAGGACCAUUGAAAACACAAUUCCUCAGGAGAGUCAAACAACUUGCGUUUCUGGAUAAAAUCAAAAUCAAAUCUGUUUGGUUGAGUUAUGAAGAUUAUCCUAUCAUCAUGGCAGUAGCAGAUAUAGGUAUAUCUUUGCAUACAUCUUCGAGUGGAAUGGAUUUACCAAUGAAAAUUCUUGAUUUCUAUGGUUGUGGUGUACCUGCCAUAAGUCUUAAUUAUCCAGCUAUUUCUGAAUUGGUCCAUGAAGGAGUCAAUGGUUAUAUCACAGAUACCAAUGAUGCCACCGAAUUGAGUCGUCUACUCAAAAAGACUUUCCAGAACAAAGGUGGAUACGAAAAGAUUAAAGAGAAUGCUAUUAAAGAAAGUCAACAGAGGUGGAAACAAAAUUGGAAUGAUAAAUUAGGUGAAAUUUUUAAUUAUAGAUGA